GACAUUUUACUAUUUACAUCAUAAACCUGUCUUUGGAGGAGGCUUGCUUCGUUUCGGCACUUCCAUCACCGCGAGUACCACACUCAGGCAGCGCGCUGAACAGUUUCAAACAUGCAAUCGCUCGCGCGGUCAGUGCUGCGGCCAGCGCUGCUGGCGGGGCGCGUGGGGGCUUUGAAGGGCGCCGAGCAGGCUUUGGUUCGUGCGGCCAUUGUGUGCGUGCCGGCGGGCUGGCUAGCGCCCUCCUCCCCCAACGCCACCACCCCCGCUGGCGUGCGGUGCUUCUCUGCACCCACUGAAGACCAGCUGCGGAAGGCCGAGAAGAUGGUGGAGAUGAUGGCCUCAUCGCCGGCGCUGCAGCAGAUGAUGAUGUCGGUGAUGCCGGCGCCCAUGCGCAAUGCCGACAUCCUCAAGCAGCUGUUCAACGACCCGGCCAUGAAGAAGCGCAUCUCGGAGAUGAUCGCCAAGCGGGGCCUGCCCAUCCCCGACCACCUGCUGGAGCGCAUGACGCCGGGCGCCAUGGACGACACGUUCGCGCGCGCCCAGCGGCUGGGCAUCGACCCCGGCCAGCUGUUCACCAAGCUCAUGCAGCACCCGCUGCUGAUGGCCAAGCUACAGCAACCCCGCGUCAUGACCGCAUUCCUGGACAUCGCCGAGGACCCCUCACGCCAGUCCAAGUAUGCGGACGACAAGGAGCUGCUGGAUGUGGUGUUCAAGAUCCGGGAGCUCCUCGCAACCACCAAGACCGCGGUGCCCGCGCCCGCCGCCGCCUCCCCUUCGUCGUCAUCCGAACCCGCCGCAACGGCAAUUCCCAUGCCGCCGCCCCCCGGGACGCCGGCCCGCUCCGAGUCGGCCUCCUCCUCUGAGGCCAGCAGCAGCAGCAGUGGCACCUCCGAGGCGGCUGCAGCCAGCAGUAGCAGCGAUUUCAAUCCUCUGGUGGCGCUCAUGAGCUCCGACCCCAAGGCGGCCAAGUGGCUGGACAACCCCAAGGUUAUGGCGGCGCUGCAGGAGGUUCACAAGAGCCCGUGGAAGACGGUCAAGUACAUCUUUGACCGGGAUGUUAUGGAGGCAUUCAAGGAUCUGAAGGAGCUCAUGCGGGGCAAGAAGCUCUAAGGCGGGCGGCAUAGGCUCUGCACGUUGCAGUUGCACGGGCAAGCAACUUGCGAGAGAGGCCACGUGCUUGUGGGGGCGUACAGCCAGGGGCUGCGCCAUGGCCCCUUGCCGGACUGUCCAGCGAUGCAGCUACGAACCUGGGGUCUCGGUGUUUGAUGACAUCGUGAUGCGGAAGGCGGAUGAGCACGCUUGCUAAUGUCGUGUUGGUGGCUUUGGGGAUGGAUUGGAACCUUCGGCCUUUUAGCACCCUCUCGAAGUCAGGUGUAAAUGGGUGCUGCUGUCCAGUGGCAACAAAACAACGUACAGCAACGUAAGGGUUUGCCUUGCAGUCCGUUAGGAGACAGGCACCAUGUGCCAGGCCGUGCGCUCGUGCGGCGCGCGAUGAUACCUGAUGUUGGUUGGUUGGUUCAGGACACCCGAGGGCUGUGGCCUCACGGAUGCGGUGCUUGGAGCUGAUACCAGCACGCGUGCGAGUGGUGCAGCUCGGUGGUAGGAUGCGCAGGCAGGGCGUUUCAGACAUGCAUCAUGCGUGCGAUUGGACAGGGUUAGGGGCAGGUUCACGAGGCAGGUUGGCGUAGUCCCGUAGUGUACUCCCAGACCCCAACAGUCAGUUUGCAACGUCAAGGCAUGAUUGCGUGGCUGGUAUAACGCCGGAGUUACGGUCUUGUCGUGCGUCUUGUACCGAGGCCCCGCUGACUUGCUGGCAGGCUGGUAGUUUGCUGACGCGCAGACAUGCAAUGCAUUACAUUGUAACAUUGGU